AUGAGUUCUCCAAAGAGAAGAAUUGAAACAGAUGUUAUGAAACUUCUUAUGAGUGAUUAUGACGUGAGCCUAAUCAAUGAUAGUAUGCAAGAAUUCUAUGUAAGAUUCAAAGGACCUGAAGACACCCCUUUCCAAGGUGGUACAUGGAAAAUACAUGUUGAAUUACCAGAUCAAUAUCCUUAUAAAUCACCUUCAAUUGGAUUUGAAAAUAAAAUAUUUCAUCCUAAUAUUGAUGAAGGUUCUGGUUCAGUUUGUCUUGAUGUUAUAAAUCAAACAUGGUCUCCAAUGUUUGAUAUUUUCAAUAUUUUUGAAGUUUUCCUACCACAGUUAUUACGUUAUCCAAACCCUUCAGAUCCUUUAAACGGUGAUGCUUCUUCAUUAAUGUUGAAUGACAAAAAGUUAUAUGAAAGUAAAGUUAGAGAGUUUGUUAAAAGAUAUGCAAGUAAUCCAAAUUUGAAAGUUGGUGAAGAUGAUGAAGAAAGUGAUGAAGAGUUGAGUGAUGUUAGUUCAUUAAGUGAUAAUGAGGAUGAAGAUGAGAUUGAUAUUGAAGAUGAUGACGACGAUGAAAUGGUUGGUGAAAUGGAAGUUUAAUGAAUUUCCAAUACAGCACCCUUGUUGGAGUUUUCUUUGCUUUACGUUUAUCAUUUGUCAUGUGCUCUCUACAAUUUCCUUUAUGAACUCUUAUGAACUGGGUUAUCAUUAUUAUUUUAUUGGCGUCCUUUUAUUAUCUUUUUUUUUGUCC